AUGUCGCAGAGACCAAGCACAGCCCGCGGCGGCGGACGCCGUCGUCGGCAAGGCGGCGGCUUCUCCACGGGCCGCACCCUGCAAGCCAGCGUAUCUUCGUCGACAUACCGUCGGCGCAGCACUGCAGCGACGCGGCAGAACGACACGUUCGCGCGCAGCCUGCAGGCGCCCCCGCAGGCGGACACUGCCAGUGUCGACUACGACCUGGACGAUCUGUUUGCCGAGGACGAGGAGCCGGUGGUAGUGUCCCGGAGCGCAACCGAGAAUCUGGCGACCGCGAAGCUGAAUGCGCUGACGAUGCAGCGCACGGACGUCUACGGCAACGCACAGCCGACGCCGACCCUGCGGCAGAUGAUUGGGUUUUUCCUGGACACCAGCGCAGUGGGCCGGCGGUGGGACCAGCUGGAUGCGCUCCUGAACUUUGCCCUGUGUGCAAUCCACGUUUACGGCACGACCAAGCUGAGGAAGGGCCAUCUGGAAGUGCCCGAUCACGCGCUGUAUGCGGAGGCCGGCCUGGGGCUGCUCCUGCUGCUGCAGUUCCUGCCGCGCUACCUGCUGGCGCCGGACCCGCUGGAGUAUCUGCGGAGCUUGUUCUCGGUGAUCACGCUGAUCACGGCAUUUACGCCGAUGGCCGUGGUGGGCAACAUCUAUCUUGACCCGUCGGUCAAGGACACGUUUAUGUCGGCGGGCGUGUGGGUGUUUUUGUAUCCGGUGGUGUUCUGGCGGCUGCAGCCGGCGCUGCUGCGGUGCCUGGUGCCGAUCAAGAAUGUGUACCACAUGUCGCCGAUGAUGCGCAACGUGAUGCGGGCGCUGACCACAGUGUUUACGACAGUGCUGGCAAUCACUGUACUGACACACACGAUGGUGUACAUGCAGAACAAGGACAAGAACGGCGAGAUCCAGGGCUUUGACGAGGCGUUCUUCUUCAUUGCCGUAUCGGCCAUCACCGGUCUGAGCUCGGACAUUGAGCCGGACACGUGGUUCACCCGGACAAUCGUCUUGUUUGUGAUGUUCAUUGGCAUUUUCUGGCUGCCGCCGCGCGUGUCUGAGAUGCUCAGCCUGUGGCAGGACCGCAGCCCGUGGCCGGCGCAGUUCGAGGCAGAGUCGAACCAAAGCCACGUGCUUCUGAUCGGCGACCUGCACUACACGACGUUGUUCGAGUUUCUGCGCGAGUUCUUCUGUGAGGACCACGGCUUCACCACGGUCAACACGGUGGUGGUGGUGAUGAGCGAGACGAGACCGAGCAAGGAGAUUGCCGAGCUUCUGACCGACCCGUCGUACGUCAACCGCGUCAAGUUUGUGCUGGGCAGCCCAACCAGCUUUGCGCAGCUCUCGCGCGUCCAGGCGGACCGCGCCCAGGCCAUCUUUUUGCUGAGCUCCAAGGCCGCCGGUGCCGAUGCCGAGAAGGAAGACGCGGCCAAGGUCAUGAUUGCCCUGGCGAUUCGCAAGUUCCUGCGCACGCGCGGCGACGCCAAGCGCCCGGUGCCGAUUUACGCGCAGGUUCUGCUGCCUGAGACCACGCUGCACUUGGACUACUUGACCGAUCACGUAAUUUGCAUCGAAGAGCUGCGCCAGGGCCUGCUUGCCCAGAGCGUAAUGGUGCCCGGCGUUGCCUCGCUCCUGCAGCUCCUGACCACAUCGAUUCCCGACAACACCACCCACCAGCUGGUGCGCGCAGCACAGCGCAGCAAGCAGGAGUGGCUGGCCGAGUACGCAAGCUCGAUGGCACAUGAGAUCUACGGCACCAAGCUGGCGGCCAUUUUUGUCGGCCAAAAGUUCCACAAGGUCGCGCAGACGAUCUUUACCCGGACCGGCGCUACCCUGUUCGGACUGCACACCAGUGACGACCAUAUUCUGAUCAGCCCGCGCGACUACGAGAUCAAGGGCGACGAGACCGGCUUCGUGAUUGCGUCGGACUCGCUGGUGUCCGCGGAGAUCGCAUAUCUGCAGGAGGAGGCUACUGUUGAUGUCGUUAGUGACGGAGAGGACGAGCAGGCAGCGCUGAUUCCGGGAAUCAGCGUCAGCACGGCCAAGGAUGCUGCCAAGCCAUUGGCAGGCAGUCCGCUGCAGAAGGCGGCGGUGAUGGCUGACACUGCAAUGAAGAGCAAGGUGCCGUUCGGCAAGAACGUCAUGGAUACGCUGGUGGUGGAUGUGCUGGAGAGCUCGGCUGCCGAGGAGUCUGACCACGGCAGCGUACGGUCAGGCAAGAGCGUCGUGUCGCAGCACGUUGAGGAUCUGAUUGACUUGGGGCAUUCGGGAAAGCUCGGCCAGCUGGUUGGCGACCUGGCGCACAUCACCGUGGGCACUGAGGACGCAGCCAAGGGCAAGGAGCCCGAGGAAGCCAAGUCCGACGAGCCCAAGACCACCAAGCGUGCGCCGCUGCUGUUCGACCCAGCGCUGCAGAAGCCCACCGACGAGUCCGAUCAGCCCAAGGCCGACGCGCCGCCUGCCCUGGCGCCCACCAAGACGCUGAAGGGCACGCUGCUGGGCGCCUCAUCGGCGACUCUGCUAAGCAAGCCGGCGACGCCGGUCACGCCGACCGCCGACGGGCUGCCAGGCGACCUGUCCGGACACUUGGUGGUGUGCGAUACCAGCGGCGAGUUCCCGAGCAACAUCGUCUAUCUUGUCAGCUGCAUCCGCGCGGCGGCUGCCGAUGAGAUGACAACGACAGCGGAGGAGCCUGCCGCUGCCCAGCCCAGCAACCGCUUCGCGACGCUGUACGAGCAGAUCUCGCGCAGCUACAAUUUGCCAGUGGCCGAGCAGGCUGAGCAGAAGCCCGGCUUCUCGAACAACCUGCCGAUUGUGAUUCUGUCGCCAGCCAGCCCCAGCGGAGCGCAGACGGAGGACCUGAAGCGCUUCGGCAACAUCUAUCUUGUCGAGGGCUCUCCUUUGUCGCGAGCCGACCUGGCACGCGUGCGGAUCCACACUGCGCGCAGCGGCAUUGUGCUGGCGAACCGCGAAGAGUCACUGAGCGCAGCAGCUGACGCAUCGAAGAACGCGUCCCUGGCGAGCUCCGACACAUCGGCGACGGCGACGGCCGAUGCGCCAGCGCUCCUGAGCGUGCUGAAUAUCGAGGCAUUGACGUACACCAACGACGAGUUCUUCCUGAGCGUCGAGUUCAUCCACCGCGAGAACAUGCAGUUUGUCGGCGACACCGAGACAAUCCGCAUCAACGAGGUCUAUGCCCAGGCAUUCCUGCGCCCGUCGUUCAUGGCUGGCCGCGUCUAUGCGCCCGUCAUGCUGGAUACGCUGAUCUGCCAGGCGUACUACAACGAGUUCAUCCCGGAUCUCAUGCAGCGCCUGAUUUUCUCCCACGGCAAUGUCGUCCAUGCCCUGGGCACCGCCAAGUUGCAGGCCGCCGGCAUCGAGGGCCUGGUGUAUGAGGAGGGCCAGGGCGUUGAGGACUCGGGCCAUGUGUUCCAGGUCUCUGUGCCCGAGCGCUUCUAUGGUCGCACAUACGCGAGCCUGUUUGCCUACUGCUGCUUCAAGCAUGCGGCUGUGCCCAUCGGGCUCUACCGCACUGUCACCUACCACCGCCAGCCGCUGUGGUAUGUCAUGCCCAACCCGAGCCCCAAGAGCAUCCUGCGCGAGGACGACCGCGUCUAUGUCAUCGCUGCCACUCGCCCUGUUCUCCAGUAGCUCUGUU